AUGAGUGCUCAAGACAAAAAUUAUCGUCGUAAAAUUUAUGCUUGUGCCUUGAAAAAUGUUUCAGAUUAUGAUGCUAAAGUUGUACUUACUUAUGCAGCUAUUGAAUAUGAUAAUGGAGAAGUCAAGAAUACACGUUUGGACAUGGACGUAGAGAAGGGUAAAAUACGUUAUCUCUCAGAAAGAUUAAUCACUAAGCGUACACACAACGUUCGUGAAGUAAUCGAGCAGAUCGAUGUUACAUUAUCCAAUGGAACAAAACUAGAAUUGAAAGCACCUUUCGAUGGUGUUGAAAAUCCAACAGCCGAUUGGCAUUUCGUCAUUGAAAAUACACAAAUCAAGUCGGCUGGACCUACUCCAGAAUAUGGCAAAUAG